AGCUCCUCACGGCAGCCGGACCAGCAGAAGCGCCUCUCCUGUCACCGCCGGGACUGCCUGUCCUCAGAGGCAGCGUUUCCAGCAAUAAACCGUCACACAAAGACCCACAACCGGCCGGCAACAUGGUGAACUUCACGGUGGAUCAGAUCCGGGCCAUCAUGGACAAAAAGUCCAACAUCAGAAACAUGUCUGUGAUUGCCCACGUGGAUCACGGGAAGUCCACGCUGACUGACUCACUGGUGUCCAAAGCGGGGAUCAUUGCCUCGUCUCGGGCCGGGGAGACCCGCUUCACAGACACGCGCAAAGACGAGCAGGAGCGCUGCAUCACCAUCAAAUCAACAGCCAUCUCCCUGUUUUACGAGCUUGAAGAGAAUGACUUGGCGUUCAUCAAGCAGAGUAAAGAUGGAUGCGGAUUCCUCAUCAACCUCAUUGAUUCUCCGGGCCACGUUGAUUUCUCCUCUGAGGUCACCGCUGCCCUCAGAGUAACUGAUGGAGCCCUGGUGGUGGUGGACUGCGUUUCAGGUGUGUGCGUGCAGACUGAGACGGUGCUGCGGCAGGCCAUCGCUGAGCGCAUCAAGCCAGUUCUGAUGAUGAACAAGAUGGACCGGGCCCUGCUCGAGCUGCAGCUGGCGCCAGAUGAGCUUUAUCUGACAUUUCAGCGAAUCGUUGAGAACGUCAAUGUCAUUAUCUCCACCUACGGAGAAGAUGAGGGUGGACCCAUGGGGAGCAUAAUGAUCGACCCUGUUAUUGGCACAGUCGGGUUCGGCUCUGGCCUCCACGGCUGGGCUUUCACCUUGAAGCAGUUUGCUGAGAUGUAUGUGGCUAAGUUCACCGCUAAAGGAGUUGCUCAGCUGACCCCAGCGGAAAGGUGUAAAAAAGUGGAGGACAUGAUGAAGAAGCUGUGGGGAGACAGAUAUUUUGAUCCAAGCGUUGGCAAAUUUAGUAAGACUGCCACCGGUCCUGACGGUCAGAAGUUCCCUCGAACCUUUUGCCAGCUUGUAUUGGAUCCCAUCUUUAAGGUGUUUGAUGCCAUCAUGAAUUUCAAAAAGGAAGAGACGGCAAAACUAAUUGAAAAAUUGGAUGUAAAGCUGGACGUUGAGGACAAAGAGAAGGAAGGGAAGCCUCUGCUGAAAGCUGUGAUGCGUCGCUGGCUACCUGCUGGAGAAGCUUUGCUGCAGAUGAUCACCAUCCACCUGCCUUCACCCGUCACGGCGCAGAAAUACCGCUGUGAGCUGCUCUAUGAAGGGCCAGGAGACGACGAAGCUGCCAUGGGCGUUAAGAACUGCGAUUCCAAGGCUCCCUUGAUGAUGUAUAUCUCCAAGAUGGUUCCAACCAGUGACAAGGGUCGUUUCUACGCCUUCGGACGCGUGUUUUCAGGCUGUGUGUCCACAGGUCAGAAAGUGCGCAUCAUGGGCCCAAACUUCACCCCUGGAAAGAAGGAAGACCUCUACAUCAAACCUAUACAGAGAACUAUUCUGAUGAUGGGUCGGUAUGUGGAGCCUAUUGAAGAUGUCCCUUGUGGCAACAUUGUGGGUCUUGUUGGAGUAGACCAGUACCUGGUUAAGACAGGAACCAUUACCACCUUUGAACAAGCCCACAACAUGAGAGUGAUGAAGUUCAGUGUGAGCCCCGUGGUCAGGGUUGCCGUGGAGGCCAAGAAUCCCGCUGACCUGCCCAAGCUGGUGGAGGGCUUGAAGCGUCUGGCCAAGUCAGAUCCCAUGGUGCAGUGCAUCAUCGAGGAGUCCGGGGAGCAUAUCAUUGCUGGAGCAGGAGAGCUGCACCUGGAGAUCUGCCUGAAGGACCUGGAGGAGGACCACGCCUGCAUUCCACUCAAGAAAUCCGAUCCAGUGGUGUCUUACAGAGAGACAGUGUCAGAGGAGUCAGACCAGAUGUGUCUGUCCAAGUCUCCCAACAAACACAACCGUCUCUUCCUGAAAGCCCGUCCUUUCCCCGAUGGCCUGGCUGAAGAUAUCGAGAAGGGGGAUGUCGGUGCCCGGCAGGAGCUCAAGGCUCGUGCUCGCUACCUUGCUGACAAGUAUGAGUGGGAGGUGACAGAAGCCAGGAAGAUCUGGUGCUUCGGGCCAGAUGGAAUGGGGCCCAACAUGCUCAUAGAUGUGACAAAAGGGGUUCAGUACCUCAAUGAAAUCAAGGACAGCGUGGUGGCGGGUUUCCAGUGGGCAACUAAAGAGGGCGCGUUGUGUGAGGAAAACAUGCGUGCGGUCCGCUUUGAUAUCCAUGACGUGACGCUGCACACAGAUGCCAUUCAUCGUGGUGGAGGCCAGAUUAUUCCUACCGCUCGCAGGGUCCUGUACGCCUGUCAGCUCACGGCGCAGCCACGACUCAUGGAGCCCGUCUAUCUCGUGGAGAUACAGUGCCCGGAGCAGGUAGUCGGUGGGAUCUAUGGGGUGUUGAACAGGAAACGUGGGCAUGUGUUUGAGGAAUCCCAGGUUAUGGGAACGCCCAUGUUUGUGGUGAAAGCCUUCUUGCCCGUCAAUGAAUCCUUUGGGUUCACGGCUGACUUGCGCAGUAACACUGGAGGCCAAGCCUUCCCUCAAUGUGUAUUCGACCACUGGCAGAUUCUUCAGGGUGACCCCAGUGAUCCUGCCACCAGACCCUUCCAAGUACUCGCUGAAAUUAGGAAACGUAAAGGUCUGAAAGAGGGCAUACCAGCCCUUGACAACUACUUGGACAAAUUGUAAACGUCACCCCUGGAUUAUAAAUAUCAAAUCAAUACCAAACCCUACCCCAUGGGCACUUUAAAACCUUUGCACAGGCUUAAAGAUAAAUGACACAGUUUUUCCAUCACUCUCGAGUCCAGCACAGAAACAAAGCUUUAGUUGUAGGGUAGUGGAAGUGCUAAUGCUUUUUCUCAUUUCACAGCUACCGUACACCAAGUGCCUAGGGUGGGGUUUUGAGAAGCAAUUGGAUCAAAGGAGUUAUUCCUCAUUUCUUUUAUUCCUUCACACCGUCCCCCUUUACCUUCCAAUUAUCUGCCAGAUUGAGCCCAUCUGAUGCACUGUGAUACCGCUGCAAUAAUGCUUGUUUAAAUGGAUCAUGGCCAGAUAUAACCACGGAAGUCACAAUAAAGCGCCCCUAGAAGUCAGUCUUACUGGAUUGGACUUUUGCUCAGUGGAUGUAAUGAAUAAAAAAAAAAAAAAAAAAAACUC